AUGACAAAAGUCUCGCAACAAAAACAACCCACGGAACCAACUGGAACAAUACCCCCACCGCCCACCGAACAACAACCGCAAUAUCCUGGAGUUAUGCAUGUGACUGGAUCGAUUGUUAUAUCACAGCUUUUCAACAACGGAGUCAUCAAUUUUACAGGAACCACUUCAGACCAAAAGGGUGUGAGUCAGCAGCCACAAAUAGAAGUCAAAACGCACUCUUCUCAAGUUGUGAAAGAGAAUGGAAAGCCCGGUGUAUCAACGGAAGGGCAAUCAAGCUCGAUUUCGCCUGACGACAAGAGAAGUGAGGGUGUCCGCAAUCGGUGUACUGAGAAGUAUGAAAGAAGUCUUGGGGAGUUCACAGAGAGUGACGGAUGUGGGAAUGAUGAGAAUUCGAUUGUCCGCGGGCAAAGUGAAAAGAAGAGUGACAAUUCCUUAUCAGACCCCGAGUUAAGUACUGUGACGACGAUCUUAAAGUCAAUGGAAAGUGAUUUAAAAGAAUUGAUCAUUAAAGAGAAGACUAUAACGGAGACUGUGAAUCAAUUAACGGAGUCAAAAAAGACUUUAAAAUCCCCUUCACAAGUCCAAGACCUUCACGAACAAGUUGAAUCGAAUGAAAAGAUGUUAGAAAGGGUGUCAAGCGAGUUUGGACGACUGAAACAGUUUUCGACGUCAAUGAGUGAAAUGGUCCGCCCAAGUGCAUCUGUUGUUAUACGCCCGACUAUUACAGUCCCACAGAAAUUACCAAGUCUUGAAGAAAUGGUGGUAGAGCCUGUUAUAGGACAACUCAAAUUUCAAAAGAAAAUAGUCGAGUGGACUAAUAUGUGUCAAUACCGAGUCUUGUAUAGAAGCACUAAAGACAAUUUAACAGCAAAAGCUUUAAACGCCAAAAUAUGUGGAAGAACAAAUAUCUUACUCAUUGUUAUUACUAAUAAGAAUUACGUGUUUGGUUCAUACUCGUCCGUCGCUAUACCAAAUCCACCAAAAAUUGGUGACCACCACGUAGGACCAGACAACGCGUUCUUCUGCUUCACAUUCCAAAACCCAUUCAAUACAGAACCCCUCAAAAUCACUAAAAAGACGACAUCAACAUCACUCAAAAUAUAUUCGAAUAAGGAACAAAGCUAUGUCGUUGGCGUCGACGCUUGCUUCUAUAUCAGGGCUAACUGCCCAUCACACGUCCCAAGCUGCUUUGCAGAAAGCUUCGAUGACCCUACAAAGAAGGGAGGACUCCUCUUUGUCAACGCAGUAUACCCGGACAAAUUCGGGGUCCAGGAACUGAUGGCGGUAGAACUCUCUAACUAA